UUUCCCCUCUCUCUCUUAAUCGAUCGACUUGUGUGCUUUGAUUCUCUCUCUAGAGUUCUCUACUGUCAUCCUUUCCAGAUUUGUGCUUGGCUAAUUCGCUGUUCGAUCGAAGAUGGAUGAGGAUUUCGACCUGCCUGCGGCGGAGGAGAUGAACGACGAGGAGAUGGAUUUCGCCGAUGACGUCGAUGCCGAUGUGGCUCCUUACAUGAAGGUCGGCGAGGAGAAGGAGAUCGGGAAGCAAGGCUUGAAGAAGAAACUCGUCAAGGAAGGUGAAGGAUGGGACACUCCUGACAAUGGUGAUGAAGUCGAAGUGCAUUACACGGGAACCUUGUUGGAUGGAACCAAGUUCGACUCUAGCCGAGACAGAGGAACUCCUUUCAAAUUCACUCUCGGACAAGGGCAAGUCAUCAAGGGAUGGGACAUUGGGAUCAAGACCAUGAAGAAACGUGAAAAUGUCGUUUUCACCAUUCCUCCCGAGCUUGCAUAUGGAGAGUCCGGUUCACCGCCAACAAUCCCUCCGAAUGCAAUGCUUCAGUUUGAUGUUGAGUUGCUUUCUUGGGUUAGUGUCAAGGACAUAUGCCGCGAUGGUGGGAUAUUCAAGAAAGUAGUUGUUGAAGGAGAGAAAUGGGAGAACCCGAAGGACCUUGACGAAGUAUUAGUUAAGUAUGAAGCUCGACUAGAGGAUGGCACUGUUGUUGGAAAGUCUGAUGGUGUAGAGUUCACUCUCAAGGAGGGUCAUUUCUGUACUGCACUUGGUAAGGCCGUCAAAACCAUGAAGAAGGGGGAAAAAGUUCUCCUAUCUGUGAAGCCACAAUAUGGCUUUGGGGAGAGCGGAAAGCCAGCAGCUGUUGGUGAAGCUGCCGUCCCACCAAAUGCUACUCUUCAGAUCGAUCUUGAGCUGGUUUCUUGGAAGACUGUCUCAGAAGUUACCGAUGACAAGAAAGUCAUCAAGAAGAUCCUAAAGGAAGGAGAAGGGUACGACCGUCCUAAUGAUGGAGCUGUCGUGAAAGUGAAGUUGCUCGGGAAGCUUCAAGAUGGUACCGUGUUCUUGAAGAAAGGACAUGGAGAAGGCGAGGAGCCAUUUGAGUUCAAGACAGAUGAAGAGCAAGUAAUUGAAGGGCUCGAUAGGGCUGUGAUGAACAUGAAGAAGGGUGAAGUGACACUCCUCACCAUUGCGCCGCAGUAUGCCUUUGGUUCAUCUGAAUCACAGCAAGAAUUGGACGUGGUACCACCCAACUCGACGGUUUACUUCGAGGUGGAACUAGUAUCUUUUGUCAAGGAGAAGGAGUCUUGGGACAUGAACACCCAGGAAAAGAUCGAGGCUGCAGGAAGGAAGAAGGAAGAAGGCAACGCGUUGUUCAAGGCUGGAAAAUAUGACAGAGCUUCCAAGAGAUACGAAAAGGGCGUGAGAUACAUAGAGUAUGAGUCGUCAUUGGGCGAAGAGGAGAAGAAGCAGGCGAAAGCUCUGAAAAUAUCAUGCAACCUGAACAAUGCGGCGUGCAAGCUGAAGCAGAAAGAUUACAAACAGGUGGUGAAGCUGUGUACAAAGGUGUUGGAGAUGGAAGGGAGGAACGUGAAGGCGCUGUACAGAAGGGCAGAAGCGUACAUAGAGACGGCUGAUUUGGAGCUGGCAGAGAUUGAUAUCAAGAAAGCUCUCGAGAUCGAUCCUGACAACAAGGAGGUGAAGAGGGAGUACAAGAAGCUGAAGGAGAAGGAGAAGGAAUACAACAAGAAAGACGCCAGAUUCUACAGCAACAUGCUUGCUAAGAUGCUCGAGCCCCACAAAACAGCGAAGAAGGAAGCGCAACCUAUGAGCAUCGACGCAAAGGCUUGACACCCCAAGUCCUCAGACUGAUAUUGGCGUAUGCAUUAUUCUGC